CAUGUUGUCCCUUCAGGUUGUCUUUCUUCUCUGGAAUCUUGUUAGCUGUCUGCCGCUUCCACGGGAUGUGCAAUCAAAUCAUGCGCUUCAGUUUGCAAAGGUAUAUCUGAAAUCCUUUUACCCAAUGCCCAUGAACAGUGCUGCUCACAAGAGAAGUUUACCUACCAUGGAAGACCAGCUUUUUGCAAUGCAAUCGUUCUUCGAUUUGGCAAUAACUGGGGACCUUGAUAAUGAAACCCUCAGCCUGAUGAAGCAGCCAAGGUGUGGGGUUCCUGACAAUUCAAAUUAUAAAAUGAUGCACCAGAAGUUGAAAUGGCCAUUAAAUAUCAUAACAUACAGAAUUGUUAAUUAUACUCCUGAUCUGACUCCUAUGGAAGUUGACCAGGCCAUAUGGAAUGCUUUCAAGCUCUGGAGCAGUGUCACCCCGCUGCACUUUAUUCAGAUACACAGUGGGACUGCCGACAUAAUGAUAUCUUUUGGAGAAAGGGAACACGGAGAUUUCUUCUCUUUUGAUGGACCUUCUGGUAUUCUGGCUCAUGCCUUCUAUCCAGGACAGGGCUUUGGUGGAGAUGUGCAUUUUGAUGAGGAUGAAACCUGGACUAUGGAUACAAGAGCAUACAACCUGUUUACUGUUGCCGUACAUGAGUUUGGUCACGCCUUGGGACUAGAUCAUUCCAGUAAUCCAAAUGCUCUUAUGUACCCCCUCUACACCUACAUUAAUUCCGAAGAAUUCUCUCUGCCUGCUGAUGACAUCUGGGCAAUCCAGGAGCUUUAUGGACCAAGAAACCUAAAUACAGAGACCCCAACAGUUGGUGGGUCUGAAACAUCUUCGGAUGCAAGAUAGCUUACAGAGGGUAUUUCUGAAAUUAUAGUUUCAUCUGAAGUGCCAAGAAAUAACAGAACACAGAUCAGUGAAAGGAAAUGUAUGGGUAUCUCUCAACCGUUUACAUUGAGUCUCAAGCUAUUGCAUCUCCAACAGAAAAUUCAUUCCAUAGCCCUUAAUGCCUUGUCAAAAUGGCAGCUCUAGAGCCAAUCUGAGCAAUCGUUCACAUGCUCUGAGCCAGGGAUAGUUAACUUGUGGCACCCAGAUCUUGUUCAACUGCCAGCAGGUCCAUAGUCUAUGACCCUAGCCAUCUCCUUUUUUUUGUAAUUUAUUAAUGUUUUUUAAAUUUCUCUUUCAGAAUUUGUAAAAUGUUCUUCAGUUACCAUUUCCACUUGUAUAUCAGACAAUGAAAUAUGCAGAAGUAAAUUUAUAACAUACCAAAUAAAUGAAUAACCUGUAAAUUAAAACCAGUGUAAACUUUGCUUAAUGAUGUCAUCAUUUCAAAUCAGUGCUCAGUGACUUCCCUUGACUC